AUGCGCGUGGAGACUUGUCAUUUUUGUUCCCGCCCCGCGUUCCCGGGCAAGGGAAUCACAUUCGUCCGCAACGAUGCCCGACAAUUCCGAUUCUGUCGGUCUAAGUGCCACAAGAACUUCAAGAUGAAGCGCCAGCCGCGCAAGUUGAAGUGGACAAAGAGUCACCGUGCCGCCCGCGGCAAGGAAAUGAUUGUCGACUCUUCGCUCGUCCUCUCGCAGUUCGCCAAGAAGCGCAACGUUCCCGUCAAGUACGACCGCAACUUGGUCGCCGCCACCGUCCAGGCCAUGCAGCGCGUGGAGGAGAUUCGGCAGCGCCGCGAGCGUGUCUUCACCAAGCGCCGUCUCGCUGGCAAGAUUGCCCGCGACCGCAAGCGCGAGGAGGACCGCAAGGUUGUCGCCUCGGGCGAGCACCUCAUUCGCAAGGAGCUGCGCGAGCAGGCCGAGGGCCGUCCCAUGGAGCUCGACCACAACAAGGUCGCCAACAGAGUCCACGGCGAGGAGAAAUUGCGGCAAAAGAAGAAGGCCCGCGUUUUGGUGGAUGGUGGAGUCGAGGAGGAGAUGGAUAUGGAUUAA